GCGUUCACCUGAUGGUCCUGGAGGACUUUUCUUCUUCACAAGACUUGUUGACGCACAGCCCACUAACCCCUGGACGUUGACAGCACCCUUUCCAGACCCUCUUCGCGUUCAUAGUUCUCUCUCUCUCUCGUUUCUGAGUGAAAACUACAAAAAUAAGUGAGAAACACCGCGCCACUUGCGCACCGAACAUCUCUCUUUAGUCUGCGUGAUCAAAAGCCACCGGGAAGGAAUAAAAAGGAAGCGAGAGAGACAGGAAGCGAGAGAGACAGGGAGCGAGAGGCACAUAUUGUGACGGGAGGAGGAAACGUGUGUUCUGAUGUUUGGGAUCCAGGAGAACAUCCAGAGGAGCGGGAGUGUUAUGAAAGAAGAGCCCUUGUUGACCGGGAUGAACGCCGUGCGGAGCUGGAUGCAUGGCGCCGGGCUGCUGGACGCAAACACAGCCGCCCAGAGCGGAGUGGCUCUAGCCCGGGCACAUUUCGAGAAACAACCGCCCUCCAACCUUCGCAAGUCCAACUUCUUCCACUUCGUGCUGGCUCUGUACGACAGACAAGGGCAGCCGGUGGAGAUAGAGAGAACCAGCUUCGUUGGAUUUGUAGAAAAGGAAAAGGAAACGUCAGGGGAAAAGACCAACAAUGGGAUACAGUACAGGCUACUGCUCCUAUACAGCAAUGGUAUCAGGACAGAACAGGACUUUUACGUGCGCCUCAUCGAUUCCAUGACCAAACAGGCGAUCACCUAUGAGGGACAGGAUAAGAACCCUGAAAUGUGUCGGGUUUUAAUGACUCAUGAGAUCAUGUGCAGUCGGUGUUGUGAUAAGAAAAGUUGUGGCAACAGAAACGAGACACCCUCUGACCCCGUCAUCAUUGACAGGUUCUUCCUCAAGUUCUUCCUGAAGUGCAACCAGAACUGUCUGAAGAACGCAGGGAACCCACGAGACAUGAGGCGCUUUCAGGUGGUCGUGUCUACCACUGUGAGUGUGGACGGUCAUGUCCUCUCUGUCUCUGACAACAUCUUUGUCCACAACAACUCUAAACACGGUCGCCGGGCCAGGAGAUUAGACCCCUCAGAAGGAACACCCUCGUACCUGGAGCAUGCCACCCCCUGUAUCAAGGCGAUCAGCCCCAGUGAGGGCUGGACAACAGGCGGGGCCACAGUCAUUAUCAUAGGAGAAAACUUCUUUGAUGGACUCCAGGUCAUAUUUGGUACCAUGCUAGUCUGGAGUGAGCUGAUCACAGCCCACGCCAUCCGGGUGCAGACUCCCCCCAGACACAUCCCCGGGGUCGUAGAGGUCACGCUGUCAUACAAGUCGAAACAGUUCUGCAAGGGCACACCUGGAUGCUACAUAUACACAGCGUUGAAUGAGCCCACUAUAGAUUACGGCUUCCAGAGGUUACAGAAAGUCAUCCCCAGACAUCCAGGAGACCAGGAGAGACUGCCUAAGGAAGUCAUUCUAAAGAGAGCGGCAGACUUGGUAGAAGCGCUCUACGGGAUGCCACAUAAUAACCAGGAGAUGAUUUUGAAGCGGGCAGCUGACAUGGCAGAGGUGUUGUAUACGACGGUGCCACGCGGCCACAACCAGCUGUUAGGCAGCGGCUCCGUCCACGCCAGCAUGAUGGCCGUCAACUCCUUCCCCGGGUCAGAAGUCACACAGACAGCCAAUCAGGGUUACAGUAGGAGUAGCAGCAGUGCAUCUCCUCAUGGUUAUGUCCCCAGCACCACUCCACAGCAGACCAGCUACAGCUCUGUUUCCACUAGCAUGAAUGGCUACACUGACUCUGGCAUGACCACGCUAGGAACCUCACCCAACUUCCUCAACGGGUCAGCCGCCAACUCACCCUACGCUAUCGUUCCCUCCAGUCCCAUCAUGGCCUCCACCACCAAUCUUCCCUCUAAUUGCAGUAGUUCUUCGGGCAUCUUCUCCUUCUCUCCGGCCAACAUGGUGUCUGCUGCGGUCAAACAGAAGAGCGCCUUCGCCCCCGUCGUACGGCCGCAGACCUCCCCUCCACUCACCUGCACCAGCACUAUUGCUAACGGCCUGCAAGUGAUUCCCGGGAUGAUUGAUCCAUCCAUGUAGAUCUGUGAACGUUGAGGAUUUGGGAAUGUUGACGGGGAGAGAACAUGUCUCACGUGUCCCUGUGUCACACUCCAACCCUCUGGACCUGAACAGGACACUGAACUCUAAAUUGUUCAACUCAGGCCUUUCUAGAAGGAAUAUCAUUGGAAGGAAGAAGGAGGAAGAAAACAACAAACAUAACAUUUGUUGAUGUCAUUUCCUUCCUGGUGAAUUUGUGAACCUUCUCAGACACACCUUGGAGUCGAAUAAUAUGGUUAUUUAAAUUGAAUUUAAUCGAACUGAAUUGAAUCAAACUGAAUUGAAUGUAAUUUAAUUGAGGAAGGACUGUAAGAUGUCUCAUGACCGUGUCCACAUCACAAUUGAGUGACAAUAUUACUGACCUCAUGACAAAAGCAUUUAUUUGUAUGCGUAUUUAUUGGUAUAAUGUUUAAGUUAUAUUGUUUAAGAUCUAUUGUAUGCCUUCCUACAGACUGUAACACAUACAAACAGCACUGAAGCUGAUUGGCUAUAAGGGUUUGUGUGAGUAGAUAGCUCUGACAUGACUGGAUAGGAGUUAAGAUGGGUUGUAACUAAGCUGUCUUGUAUCAGUUUACAUUUAGUAACUGUAAACAAACACUGUAUAGCCUCGAAAACACAGUUCAAAUGAUAAUGUCCAUAUCAUGGAUGCAUCCAUAGUCAUGUGUAGGAAUUUGAGAGUGGUUCCAUUUCUCCAUCUCUCAGCUUUUUACUGAAACAGUGGCAGGGUCCAUACUAUGUUGUUGUUUUAAAUGGAUUGUCCUUUUAAAGGACUCAAACACACUGAGCUGAAAGAUAACCUCUACAAUUUUGACAAAGAUUUUUGCUGCUAACUUAUCACAGAAAUAUAAUACGAGAUGUGCAAUUCCCUUUUCAUUUCAAUCAGAAAACACGUUUGAUGAAAUAUCAGAUUAGAAUGACAAUUGAUGUAACAUAUUUGUGUCUAUAAAUAUAAAAAAUGAUGGGUUUAUUAUUUUAUUUAUUUGACUUUGUUUUACCAAAGUUCUACUUCUAAAUAUAAUAUAAAUAUUCAUAUGUCUUAAGGCAGCUCUCGACACAGAUGGUCAUUUCACUGUCAAGCUCUCAUCAUCUAUACUUUGCAAAAAUGAGAAUCACGGAUUUGGAGACAAAACAGGGAUUUCUGUAUAAAGUUCACAUUGAAAUAAUGUAUUUCUCUUUUGGAAGUGUACAUUUUGCAUUGCUUCUUGACCUUAAUUCUAGCUUGUUCUGUGUUAGUUUAUACGUGUCACAGAGUUAUGUUUUGUCACCCACUAUGUAAAUGUGAUCUCACAGGUUUUAUUUUGUAUCUGUAUUGGUGCUGUAUUGUCGAGACAUGUUUCCAUUUGUUAUUUCCCGUCCCAAAAUGUUAUCUAUUCUUUAUUUUAU